AUGAUAUGUGGACGUGCUGCGACUGCGGCGGCAGCAGCUUUGCAGGCGAAGGAGUACGACCUAGCUGACAAGACGAAGCUGGCUGACUUCCUGGAAGAUGUGGACAUCCGUUUGGAGGGCGGCCCGGGCACGCGGAGGAUCUCCAAGGAUGCCCUCCACAUCCUCGUCAGGAACCUUGCAGGCGACCGUUUCACCGUGGACAUGCUGCAGGGCAUCUGGCAAGAGGUUAGUCCAGAUCGCGAGGGGCUGCUGAGCUGCGAGGAGUUGGCAAACUGCCUCCGCCGCCUUGAUCCAACUUUUGAGCUGCAAGAGCCCAAGCGCUACGACCUGGCUCAGAAGCAGGGGCUGGCAGACUUCCUGAAAGUCGCUGACAUCCGCCUAGUGCGAGCCGACUUCCUUCUGAAGCUGCACCGGGAAGGACAGCGGCUCCCACGCCGCCAGGAAGCGGAGUCCGCUUACGUGGAAAGCCGGACGGCGCUUGUGACGCACGAGGAGGUCCAAGCCUGGGCCGAUGGCAAGGCGCCUGACGGCACCCAGAUAGUCUCACUUUCCCAUUGCUGGGAGUCGCGCGAGCACUGUGAUCCGUACGGAUACCAGGUUUCGAAGCUGGCCAAGGCUCUUACGGGAAAGGAGUGGUUUUUUAUCGAUUAUGUGUCCUUGUUUCAGUUCCAGCGACUCUCCCAGAAGCAGAAUGUCAGCUUCGGGCGUGCGAUGCAGCACAUGCAUGUGCUGUACUGCCACGACAAGACGAGCACUCUCCGAAUUGAGUCUCUGACGCCGGAGGCAGACAUAGCAGAAGCCGAGCGGAAGCAAGAAUGCGUGAUGAUGUACCACCACCCCACCGGCCUGGUGAAGCCAGUGUCUGUGACUAAAUUGGUCAAGAACCGCACGCCGUACAAGCAGCGUGGGUGGUGCGUUGCUGAGAGGGAGUGGUCUAGCACUCGAACAGCCACUAACCUUUCGCGUGAAGUAGACUCUCCCGAAGGAGAGAAAGGGGGAAUCGCCCCGAUGGUGCCGGAGGCAUUUCGUAAAGAUGUCUCAGGCCGGCUCAAAUUCACACAUUUAGAUGAUGUGGAGACCGUCUGCAGAUUGCAAGCGGAAGUGUACAAACAGAAGGCAGAGACGUGCAAGAGCCUCAGGCUCGUAGAUUUGGGUGCAGAAGCACUCGAGAUCGGCCUGUCUUCUCUGGAGCGCUACCCGCUCUUGGAGAGCCUGGAGAUCGUCCACUGCGAGCUCAGCAAGAAGCUCCCACUGCUGCUGCAGGUCAUCCAGAAGAAGAAGCUUGCACAGCUUCACCUGCAGCACAACGAGCUUUUUGAGGAGGACACCCGCCAGUUCGUCGAGGCUUUGGCUUUGCAGCCCAACGGAACGCUUGAGGCACUGAGCCUCAACCAUGAACGCAUCGACGUCGCUGCUGUCAAGGCUUUGUCCGAGGCAAUCAAUCAGAAUCAGACCCUGAAGCAGCUGAGUCUUGCGGGAAACAACAUUGAAGUCGUGGAGGAAGGCGCUUUCGCCCUUCUUGAGGCGCUUCGGGUGAGCGGGGUCGAAGCCCAGCUUGAUCUGACCGACAACGAUUUGGGCCAGGCGGCCCUAGCAAUGGCCAGGGCCUUGCGGUCCCGCGAGGUGAAGGGCACCAUCGCCCACCCCGUGGUGGAGUUCUUGUGCAAGUUGGAGGACCAACAAUUCAAGGAGUUGGACGAAGAGCAAAGGCUCGAGCUCGGUGGCAACGGCCGCCACCGCGAGCUCUUGGAGCCUCUCCUCCGGGCCCUGCCACGGCUGCCACCGCUCCGAGAGCUCCGGCUACUGCUCGGCGGCAGCAGCAUCAGCACGGGCGUGGCCCGGACCCUGGCCACGGGCCUCGCCCAGCACAACGAGCUGGAGCGGCUAGUUUUGGGCUUGGGCCAGAACUGCCUGGGCGACCAGGGCGCGCAGUCCCUGGCCUCCGCCCUGGAAGAGCUCACGCAGCUGCAGACACUCGAGUUGUCCCUGCGCAAGAACAUGAUCGGCCUAGCAGGCGCCGCAGCCGUGGUGGGAAGCCUGCAGAAACUGCAGCAGCUCACAGAGCUCACGGUUUCGCUGCGUCACAACGAGCUCGGCGAGACAGAGGAGAAGAACCUCCGGGCCACUUUCAAUGCGCUGCCGGUAACCAAGAAGAAACUCAUUUUUGCAUCCCAGGCCUCCGCGUGCUGCUCGCCUUGCUGGUGUGCCGCCGAAAAAGCCAACUUGCCUAGCUUUCUUGCAGUGGCGGCUUGGCCGUCAAACGGGCCACCGCUGUAG